UCAAGAGACAAUUUACAGUGACACAAAGAGCAACAACCAGGACAAUUGUGGAAACAGCAGCAAAGGAGAAGCGGACGGACACGCGCAGCACAACAACAACAAACAAGGUACAACAUCGAGACCCGGAAAAAAAAAUCCAAAAUAUGGCCGCUUACUUGCCUAACCAGGACUGCCGUCUGGACGAUCGCAACCGUAGCCCAGACUCACCUGCCCGUCCCACAGCAAGAAGCGCCAAUCGACCCAUCCAUCGUCCCAGUUCCACAUCCCCUGAAAGGCGACAGAGAAGUCGAUCCGACGUAAGACCCCGCCAACGCCAAGAAAGACCAAGCUACUGGCAAUAUUCAUGUGGGCUCUGCCAAGAUGACCAUGCCCUCAGUGCCUGUGAGAGGUUCCGCAGACAGACGCCCUUCCAGCGGUAUGAGACCGUGGAGCAUCGGGGGUAUUGCCGAAAUUGCCUGGCGAGAAGUCAUUUGGCCCCCGACUGCCCGUCUUUAACUGGUUGCCGGAGAUGCAACGACCGGCACCAUACCCUAUUGCACGGGGCGUCUCAGUUGGACGAGGUAUCCCUCAACAUCGAGGCCAUUACAACCCCAGCCUUCGCAUGGGAUUUGGUGUUUGUACCAACAGCGAUGGUACGCAUAACGGCCGAGGGCAUGGAGGGGUUCAGUAUGCUGCGAGCCAUUAUUAGCCAAUCUGCGACGAUGUCUAAGAUUUCGUACGCCGCGUUCCGUCGCCUGGGUCUGCAGUCGCGGAACUACAGAGGGGAGCGAUUCACCACCUUCACCGUUUCGCCCCGCCGCACAAACUCUACUUGGAGUCUGAAGGUAAAUGCGCUAAUAAUCGAAGACCUGCCCAGACGCAUUUACUCAGACCCGAUACUUGAAGACCCCACUAGAUGCUUUACAAAUUACGCCCUUGCUGACCCUGAUCCCCGAGGAAAUAGUCCAAUCGAUGUGGAACUGGGAGCGGACACGUACUCCGCCAUAAGGAAAGAUGGGUGUACAGCAGCUGGAAUUGGAGAUGUCCUGGCGUACAACACUCAACUGGGCUACGUGUUUUCUGGGCCAAUCAAGAACAUGCCGAGGAACUGAAGACCGAGGAUCCUUAUGUGAACAUUCAAAGUACUACAAAAAGCAAAAUUACAAAAUACAAAAAACAUUACAAAAUUGUUAAAAUAUUUUACAAAGACGUUCCAAAACAUACAACAAAAAGUGAAAUUACUGUACAAAAUACAUACACCUAUAUAAUAAAACUUAGAUGCUAAUAGUUGUAUUUAAAACUUAAAAUCUAAUGAACUAAAACUGAAUUAAAAUUUAAAGUACAAAACUAAGUGAACUAAAACUAAAACUAAACUACAUAACUUAAGCUAAUUGUGAUAUAUCUAAAUUGCACUACCCGAAAAUAAAAAUAAUAUACGAGAAUAAAAAACAAAACUAAUUUUUUACUAAUU